AUGGUGAAUUCUACGACGUCUUCAACUUCUCAAUCCCAACUAUUUGUAAAGGUUUACAAAGAAGGAAAUCUCAUAGGGAGGAAGGUCGACCUUUACAAGUUCAAUAGCUAUCAGAGUCUCGAAGCCGCUCUCUCUAACAUGUUCAAUACUACAAUUGGAUAUGAUGACCAUACUUUGACGUAUUUAGACAAAGAUGGCGAUUGGAUGAUGGCAGGAGACGACUCAUGGGAUCGACCAUUUUCUGACUACAGUGGAAGGAUUGAAGAUAAAGAAACCCAAGACUCCUUACAACCUAGCUUGAUCAUUUUUACCUCCUAA